AUGUCCAAUAUAGACGCUGCAGACUACGUCGAGGCCGAAAAUGGCUCAAAGACGUUGAGAUUUGGCGACGAGAAGCAGCAGGCAAAAUUUGAGCUCGGCGUAUGCAUGGCGGUAUACAAAUGGGAUGAGCUCAAUACGGCGGUGGAAAAUUCGUGGGGAGGAGCCAAUUCGGCAGAAAAGCGAGACUGGAUCUCGGGAAUUGUCAUUGAGCUUUUUGAAGAGAAGCUUGUUGACGUCGGGUUGAUUGAGGAGACUUUGCUCUAUGCAAUGGUCGACGAGUUUGAUACCGAGGUUGACAACGACUCGGCACUCAUCAUUGCUGAUUUGAUUAUGAGGAUAUAUAGAUUGGUGGCUCAGAGAGAUUACGCCUUGGUUGAUGAAUUGUACCAAAAGUGGACCCACAAGCAAUCUUUGAAACAGCAGCAAAACAAAGUUGUGGUUAGCGCCGAUCCAAAUAAUCCUGAUGCUUCUGACGAAAGCGAUGAUGAAGAUGAAGAAGCACCUCAAUUGGUGGAAGAAAACGAUAUGGAUAUGGAGGAAGAUAAUGGACCCAUUAUAGAUGACGACGGGUUUCAAAUGGUACAAAAGGGAAGAAGACACAGGUAA